UUCUUUUCCUCGAUUGGCCAGAUCUUUUGAUGGACAUUUUCUCUCAAAUAUGUCAUCCCUUCUGGUCAUAUCUGUACCUUUUGGAUUAAUCUGCAUUUGCACAAUAGUUUUCUUUAUAAAAUAUUAAAUUAAAUCUUAAACAUGGAUGUUAAUAAAAUUAAUAUAAUCUCUUGGAAUCUGAUCGGUGUGAAUCAUCCCAUUAAGUGUAAAAAGAUUCUUAAGAAAUUAAAAACACUUAAUGCAGAUAUUAUUUUUGUGCAAGAAAAUCAUGUACGGAGAUGGGAUGAGGACCGGUUUUUCAAAUUUUGGAAGAGACCUUUAUUAUUGGCUAAUAAAGUUAGAGGGGUAUCUAUUUUUGUUAACUCUAAAAUCCCUUUUGCACAUUUUAAUACUGUUUCUGAUUCGAUUGGAAGAUAUUUAAUUGUUACUGGUUUAUUAUGCCGUCAAAUGGUAGCUUUGGUGCAUGUAUAUACACCUAAUUCAGGCAGUCCCGAAUUUUUUAAGAAGCUUUUUUCUGAGCUACCGAAUCUGAAUGAAUAUAAGUUGAUCAUGGGUGGUGACUUUAAUUGCUGUCUGAAUCCGGUGAUUGACAGGUCAUCAACUGAUUAGUUAAUAAAGCGGUGGCUUGUAUUCUUUUCUACUAGAAUAUGGCCUGGUCGAUAUCUGGAGAUAUAAACACCCUAAUGACAAAGAUUUUUCAUUUUUUUCACACGUUCAUCAUAAAUACUCUAGAAUUGAUUACUUUUUUCUAGAUACAUGCUUGCUACACUUCGUGGUUGAGUGUGCAUAUGACAUCAUUGCAUUGUCGGAUCACGCGCCUCUGAAAUUAACCCUGGAGCUCUCUGAUAAUUUUUUGAAAAUGUCACAGUGGAGAUUGAAUCCUGUAUUGUUACAGGAUCCUGCUUUUGUUAGUUUUAUCAAGGAGCAAAUUUCUAUCAUACAACUGAAGGAAUGUCAAACUUGGUUAUAUGGGAUACAAUGAAAUCUUUUCUUAGGAGACAGAUAAUUUCAUCUUCAGCAGCUUUAAGAAAGAAAACUAAAGUAGAACUGUUCGUGUUUACUAAUAAAAUUAGAGAGAGAGAGAUAAAGCGUAUUCAGUAAAACCUACUAAAGGUCUAUAUAAGGGUUGAACUUCAAACACAAUAUGAUUUGCUUCUGACCUUUCCCAUUGAAGAGCAAAUUUUUAAAUCUAAAAGUUUAUUUUAUAUACGUGGAGUUAAGCCAGGUAAACUUUUGGCUGGUCAGUUAAAGGCAGGCAUGGUUAGAAAACAGAUUUUGAAAAUAUGUAGACCAGACAGAACUGAAAUGUCAGAUCCUUAUGAAAUUAAUAAGAUACUUAUGGAUUUUUACUCCAAUCUUUAUAAAUCUGAAUUCUCUGAUAAUACUUUUACUAUGAAUAGAUUUUUGCAAAAGUUAAACAUACCUAAAAUUUCGACUCAAGAUAUUAAUAUAUUAGAUGCACCUAUUAAACACGAAGCUAAAGCUGUAUCCUCAAUGCAAUUAGGGAAAGCUCCGGGACCAGAUGGUUUUACGGUGGAAUUUUAUAAGACUUUCAAUGAAAUACUUAUACCACAUCUUUGUAGGAGGCAUUAAUUUAAUUGAUUCCUAAAAAAGGAAAAGACUUAUCGAAAUGUGCAUCCUAUAGACCUAUCUCCUUACUGAAUGUAGAUUUUAAAAUUCUCUCUAAGAUUUUAGCCAAUAGACUUGAGAAUUUUUGCCUACUGUUAUCUCAAAUGAUCAAACUGGAUUUAUUAAAAAUAGGUACUCACAUUUUAAUAUUUGAAGAUUGUUAAAUAAUCAUUUAUUCCCCCUCAGUUAAAGAAUCUGAAUGUAUUGUGUCUCUGCAUACAGAGAAAGCUUUUGACAGGGUGGAAUGGCCUUAUUUGUUUUGGGGUUUGAAGAGGUAAAAGUCUCCUUAUUUUAGACUAUACAGAGGAACCCGUCAGGGCUGUCCUCUCAGUCCUUUAUUAUUUAAUUUGGUUUUAGAACCACUUGCUAUCACUCUUAGGGAUUCUAAUUCUGUGCAGGGUAUUAAGAGAGGGGAUAAACUACAUAAGGUUUUGUCAUAUGCAAAUGAUUUAUUAGUUUACAUUUCAGACACUAGGAAAUCUUUAUGUUAUCUAUAUUCACUGAAUUUAGUAUUUUCUCUGGAUGUAAACUAAACUUACAUAAAAGUGAAUUAUUUCCUAUUAACAAUUACUCUGAUUAUUAUGAUCAAAUACCUUUUAAUAUUGCAAAGAACUAUUUUACUUACCUUGCUAUUAAAAUUACUAAAAAUUUUAAAGACUAUAUAAGUAUAAUAUCUCUUCUCUAAUUGAAUAUACACAACAAAUGCUCUCAAAAUGGUCACCUCAGUCGAUGUCAUUAUUGGUUGAAUAAAUGCUAUAAAAAUGGUUAUUUUACCAAAAUUUUUAUAUACAAUUUCAAGCCGUACCAUCUUCUGUUCCGAAAAUGAUUUUCGAUAGAAUAGAUUCCAUGAUCCUGUCAUCCAUUUGGAAUAAUAAAAGCUCCAGAGUGAAUAAGUCUUUAUUGCAAAAAUCAAAAAAUGAUGGAGGAUUGGUGCUUCCAAAUUUUAGAUUUUAUUAUUGGGCAAUUGAUAUUCGUUAUAUCACCUUUUGGAUUCAUGGUAUAGAUAACCUGGACUGUCCUUCAUGGUUACAUUUGGAGGGGAAUUCGGUGAGGGGGCUCUCUUUAGCUUCUUUACUGGGAGCUCCUCCUCCUGUUUUGUUCUCCAGGAUAGGUAGACAAGGUCUCAAUCCUACUGCUAAACAUAUUAUUGUCCUAUUGUUAAACAUACUUUAAAAAUUUGGUUUCAAUUUCAUAGAUUUUUUGAAUUAAGUAACUUUGUACUCUCUAGUAAUAUCCAUUUUAACUUUUUCUUGGGGUCGCGUUGCCGAUGGCCGUUGGCGGGGCUGUCUUAAUACGCUCGGCAGAGGAUGGUGCUCGGAAAAGCUGUGCCGGAGGGGAUGGUCGGAGGCUCGGAGGUUCGAUGGACUCGGCGUCCGUUGCGGUCAGGUCACUUUUGGUGUGUGCUGGAUCUGCGAGGCUGAGUCGGGCGGCGCCGUGGAAGUCCAUAGCGGGGGUAUUCCCUUCUGCUGACGGCGUGGGAUGCUCUAAAUCCGGGAAAAAGGAAGCUAUGGUUCUGCCGACUGAGAUCCCCGCUGUUCUGGAACGUCAUCGAGAAGAUAUUUUAAAGGAAUUUAGAACUUGGUUCAACCAGCUGGAUGCCAAAUUGGAUCGGAUCAACGCUAGAGUGGACGAUCAUGCUGAACAUUUAUCUCGCAUCGACUCAACCUCUGAAGAUUUAAAACGCCGUAUUGAAUACCUCGAGACCCUCAGUUCCAGCCUAGAGGAGAAGAAUAGUAAACUUCUCUCCAAAAUGGUGGACCUUGAAAGCCGGAGCAGACGCUGUAAUCUACGAAUUCUUGGUUUGCCAGAGGCCACUGAACAGGGUCCCCUUGUGAAGUAUUUUUCCGAUUUUCUCUGUGAGAUCUUUGGGAAAGAAUUCCUUCCAAAUCCACCUGAGUUUGAAAGGGCACACAGGGUCUACAUUUCCAGCGCCAUUCCGGGUUCCCGCCCACGACCGGUAAUUUUGUGUUUUCAUCAAUACCAGGUGAAAAACUGUUUGAUUCUGGAGGCACGCCGCAGAGGUACUUUUGCUUUUCAAAAUUCAGUCAUUCAUUUUGUGGAGGAUUUUGCCCCCCAGGUUCUGAAGAUGUGUGCUGAGUUUAAAGGUGUACUCUCUAGUAAUAUCCAUUUUAACUUUUUCUUUAAACCAUCAACUCUGGAUAAGGCUUUUUUAAUAUGGAAAACCAAGGGAAUAAAAAAUUCUUAGAUUCGUUUUUAAAGGUGUAAUGAAAGUGCUUUUUGAUUGUGGACUUAGACCCUCCCUUCGCAAUCCUGCCGACCUGCGAAUUACGCUUGCUACUGGAGAAUAUAAAUGGUUUAAAUCAGUGAAGGAGGCUGAGGCAUUUGUUGGAAGUCUUCUGGCUAUCUAGUCUUCUUCGGAACCCGGUCGGACCUUCUAAAAUGGUGGAUAAGUACCUCUCGUAGUAAAAUUAUUUUUUUCCGGACUCAGACUUUACUUGAAUAACUCAGACAUUAUCUAUUGAAACUCUAAGGGCUGUAGACAAUCUCUCCCUGGACUUGGUGUGUUGUUUCUAAAUAGAUAUUCUGUGCAAAAUGUUUCCCUGCGGACGUUUAGAUUGUACUUGUGUAAUCUAUUUCAUUCCUGUAUAAUUUUAUCUAUAGAGUUCUACAAUUGACUCUAACUUGUUUUGGAGGUUUGGAGUUUUUAUUGAAGGCCUCCCUGUUGGUUGAUUCAUAGUUUCAUGCUGAUUCAAUUUGAUUCAUGCUGCUUUUUUUCUGUAAAUGGUUGAUAAGUACUCUCCUCGAAUCUAUAAUUUUCCCCCUUUUCUCCCUCCCUUCUUUUUUUCUCUUUUAAUCUAUAAUUUUUCACGGGUAGGUUAGUUUCUGGUUUUCUUCUGGUUUUCUUUGUAUUAAGUUUUAUACUUCUGCAGAAGUUGUUCCUAUUUGUAGUUAUGUUUUCUAGUGCAUAAACUAGUUACCAUUUGCUAUAAUAUUUAUACGGAACUGUUGUUAAUGACACAGAUCUGGAAGUCAUAUUUGGGUUAAUUUUUUUGGUAGAGCUAGCUGCUUUUUUAGGUAGCCGUCUAGUUUUGGGUUGAGAGGGUGGGGUGGAUUUUCCAGUUCUAACACCACUCACUGUUUCUUUUGCUUUCCCUUGUUGCUCAGGACAUGUUUAUGUUUUGAUUCUACGAAUCUAUGUUUACAUUUCUGCUCCCAGACUGUUAAUGUACUGCUUGAUUUUUAAUAUGCCUGCUGCCUUUUAUGCAUUAAUAAUUGAUAAUGGCUAGUACACUUAAAUUCGUGAGCUGGAAUGUAAAGGGAUUGAAUCACCCUGUUAAAAGGAGGAAGGUAUUCUCACAUAUCAAACAACUCAAAGCUGACAUUGUUUUCCUUCAAGAAACUCAUAUUCGUUGUUUUGAUAACUCCCGGCUUUUGUCAAAGUGGGCGGGUCAGCAUUUUCAUUCAUCCUUUACCGCUAAAGCUGGGGGGGGGGUCUCCAUCCUUAUUAACUCAAAUAUCCCUUUUGAACUCCACAAUAAGAUAUCUGAUUCAAAUGGCCAUUUUAUUAUUGUUUCUGGUAAACUAUAUAAUACUAAAGUUGUACUAGCAAACCUGUAUGCCCCCAAUUUUGAUAAUGUUAAUUUUUUUGAACAUUUUUUUCUCCUCACUACCAGACUUAAACUCAUACUCUCUUAUACUGGGUGGUGACUUCAAUUGUUGGUUAGAUCCUAAUUUGGAUUGAUCGUCCUCUGUUACUAGACCUCCUACUAAAUCUGCCUCAACUAUCCAAUCGUUUCUCUCCAAUUAUGGUAUCUCUGAUAUAUGGCGUUUCCUUCAUCCUACUGAGAGAGAUUAUUCUUUUUUUUCACGUUCACCAUACCUUUACUAGAAUUGACUACUUCUUACUCGAUAACCAACUCAUUCCAUUUGUCUAUUCUUGUGAUUAUCAGAGUAUACUGAUUUCUGACCAUGCCCCAAUUACUCUCUCUUUAAACUUUCCUGGUCUCCCUCAGAGGAAUAAACACUGGUGGUUUCAUUCGACUUUAUUAUUGGAUGAUGAUUUUCUAAAAUUUAUUAAGGAUCAGAUAACCUUUUAUUUUAACACCAAGACAUCACCUGAAGUGUCAUCCCAGAUUGUCUGGGAUGCCAUGAAAGCAUAUCUGAGGGGUCAAAUCAUCUCCUAUACAGCAGAUCUUAAUAGAAAGUCCUGUGCAGAUCGAUUAGACCUCAUUAAUCAGAUUAAAGAAUUGGAUCAACUGUAUGCUCAAACUAAGAAUCCUGAACUAUACAAGAAGCGGGUAGAACUUCAAACUAAAUUUAAUCUUCUGUCUACUCAACCUGUCAAAUGCCAAAUUCUCGAAAGUAAGAGUUGCUUUUACAUUCAUGGUGACAAAUCUGGUAAAUUCCUAGCCAAUCAGCUGAGGCGUUCCAAACCCAAACAACAUAUUACAAAGAUCCGGAAGGAGAACGGAGACUUUACAUCGGAUCACUUAGAAAUCAAUGACGCAUUUAAAAAUUUCUAUUCUCAACUUUAUUCCUCUGAAUCUUUGAAUGAUAACAUCUCUGUUGAUCAUUUUUAAAUAAUCUGAAUAUUCCUUCGCUUUCAUCUGAUUUUAAAGCCAAAUUUAAUGCGCCUAUAUCAUCAGAAGAAAUAUCCUUUGCAAUUUCUGCAUUGUCCUCAGGGAAAUCUCCUGGACCUGAUGGGUUCCCCGUAGAAUUUUAUAAAUCAUUCUCUUCACUUCUUUCUCCUCAGUUACUCUCAGUAUUAUCUGACUCGUUUAAUUACGGCAAAUUGCCACCCUCUUUUAAUGAGGCAUCUAUUAUUCUUUUAUUAAAAAAGGGUAAAGACCCAACAGAGUGUUCCUCAUAUAGGCCGAUUUCUUUGCUUAAUGUUGAUGUUAAAAUUUUGGCUAAAGUUUUGGCUUAUAGAUUAGAAACUGUUAUUCCUUCUAUUAUUUCUGAUGACCAAACUGGUUUUAUUAAAAACCGUCUUCCUUUUUUUAACAUUCGGCAUUUAUUUAAUAUUUUAUAUUCGCCUCCAACUGGGAUUCCUGAAUGUGUUACUUCCCUCGAUGCAGAGAAAGCAUUUGAUCGUAUAGAGUGGAACUACCUUUUUGCAGUCUUAGAAAAAUUUGACUUCGGUCAAAGUUUUAUCUCUUGGAUCAAAUUGCUGUAUUUGUGUCCUACUGCCUCUGUUUUGACUAAUUUUCAGCAAUCCCAGUUAUUUAACCUCAAACAUGGCACCCGUCAAGGAUGCCCUUUAAGUCCCUUUCUCUUUGAUUUGGCUAUAGAACCUUUGGCGAUAGCAUUCCGAAAUUGUCCUGAAUUGACUGGGAUUUGGAGAGGGGGUGUUGAGUAUAAAGUUUCUCUCUAUGCUGAUGACUUAUUACUCUUUCUCUCAAAUCCGUCUACAUCCUUACCUCCAAUGUUUUCACUUCUUGACCAGUUUAGCCAGUUCUCUGGCUAUAAACUUAAUUUACAUAAGAGCGAACUUUUCCCAAUUAAUAAAGCACAAGAAUUAACAUUUUGUGAUCUUCCUUUUAAAGUAGUUCACAAUCAAUUUACCUAUCUUGGGAUUACAGUCACAAGGAAGUUUAAAGAUCUCUUUCGUGAAAAUCUUUCAUACACAAUAAAACAGAGUCGGGUACAAUGGUCACCUCUAUCUAUGUCUUUGGUAGGUCGUAUUAACGUUGUUAAAAUGUAUGUUCUCCCUAAACUUUUAUAUUUAUUUCAAUCAAUCCCAAUUUUUAUUCCUAAAUCUUUCUUUGAUUCCUUAGACUCUAGAAUUUUGUCAUAUCUGUGGAAGAAUAAGCACUCUAGAAUUAAUAAAGCCUAUCUCCAAAAACCUAAAAUAGAGGGUGGCAUGGCUUUACCUAACUUUCGUUUAUAUUAUUGGGCAGCUAAUAUACGUUGUGCUACCUUUUGGUCUUUCUUCCAUGGCCAACUCGAGUGCCCUAACUGGGUGGCAAUGGAGUUGACCUCCACCAAAGAAUUAUUUAUCUCUGCACUUCUUGGCUCUGUACUCCCUAGUAGUGUGUCCAGAUUAAUAGCUAAUCCUCUUGUCAGACCCUGCCUGACGAAGGGUAUCGGCCCGAAAUGUUGACAGCGCUUCUCCCUAUAGAUGCUGCCUGGCCUGCUGUGUUCCACCAGCAUUUUGUGUGUGUUGUUGUUCAGUAAUGUUAUUCACCCCUUCCUGUUCCUAACCUCCACUCAGAGACUCUGUAGACAAUCCCUAAAUUACUUCCUCCUUUUCUGCAGCCGUGACACUAUCUCUGAUCAACAGUGCCAUGCCCCCACCUCUUUUGCCUCCCUCCCUGUCCUUUCUGAAACAUCUAAAACCCAGCACUUGAAGUAACCAUUCCUGUCCCUGAGCCACCCAAGUCUCUGUAAUGGCCACCACAUCAUAUCUCCAAAUACUGAUCCAUGCUCUAAGCUCAUCUGCUUUGUUCAUGAUAUUCCUUGCAUUAAAAUAGACACAUCUCAAACCAUUGGUCUGAGCACGUCCCUUCUCUAUCACCUGCCUGUCCUCCCUCUCACAUUGUCUACAAGCUUUCUCUAUUUGUGAGCCAACCUCCUCUUCCCCAGUCUCUUCAGUUUGGUUCCCACCCCACAACAAUUCUAGUUUAAACUCUCCCCAGUAGCCUUAGCAAAGCUCCCCACCAGGAUAUUGGUCCCCCUGGGAUUCAAGUGCAACCCAUCCUUUUUGUGCAGGUCACAUCUGCCCCAAAGGAGGUCCUAAUGAUCCAGAAAUCUGAAUCCCUGUCCUCUGCUCCAAUCCCUCAGCCAAACAUUUAUCCUCCACCUCAUUCUAUUCCUAUUCUCACUGUCACGUGACACAGGCAGUAAUCACGAGAUUACUACCUUUGUGGUCUUGCUUCUCAACUUCCUUCCUAACUCCCUGUAGUCGUUUUUCAGGACCUCUUCCCUCAUUGAUACCAAUAUGUACCACGACCUCUGGCUGUUCUCCUUCCCAUUUCAGGAUAUCACAGAUGUGAUCAGAAACAUCCCGGACCCUGGCACCUGGGAGGCAAAUUACCAUCUGAAUUUCUUUCCUGCAUCCACGGAAUCGCCUGUCUGACCCCGACUAUAGAGUCCCCUAUCACUACUGCCACCCUCUUCCUUUCCCUACCCUGAGCCACAGGGCCAGGCUCUGUGCCAGAGGCACGGCCACUGUUGCUUCCCCCAGGUGGGCUGUUCCCCCCAACAGUACUCAAACAGGAGUACUUAUUGUCAAGGGGUACAGCAACAAGGGAACUCUCUAGUACCUGACUCUUCCCUUUCCCUCCCUUGACUGUGACCCACUUGUCUGUCUCCCGUAGCCCCGGUGUGACCAGCUGCCUGUAACUCCUCUCUGUCAACUCCUCACUCUCCCUGACCAGACGAAGGUCAUCGAGCUGCAGCUCCAGUUCCCUAAUACGGUCUCUCAGGAGCUGCAGCUCAACUCAUCGGGUGCAGAUAUGGCCGCCUGGGAGGCUGAGAGUGUCCAGGACCCCCCGCAUCUGACACUGAGCACAGAAAACUGGCCUCACACAAUACUCCCUACCUCACCUCGCCCCGUUACCAUUUAAGCCCUUUGAUCCAAAGCCCCACCACUCUGGUGCCUCUCACUCCACUGUCCGCUGGAUAUGGCUUUCUUCUUUUUAAAUCUUUCACGCUCUACUGGCUGAUGUCUGGCGCCUGCGCAGUCUCGCCUCUCUUUAACACUAAAAAGCUCCCUUCGCUCCAAAAAAUCAGCCAUUCACUCGCAGCCUUCUUGCUCCAAAUUUGAGAAUAUAUAAAUAUCCAUCUAUCUGGAUCUAUAUCUAUCUCUAUAUUUACACGCGCACACAACAGCAAUUGUUCUUCAUUUCCAGAAAGGAUUUAGAAUUGAAAAAAUCCCAGUAGUUAUGGACUGUAGGAAUUUGAAUGUAGCUGUUUCGAUACAGAAAAACUGCCCCAGGAUAAAGAGAAAGACUAACAAAUGUGUCAAUUUUUACAAAAUUCAGGUUCAGAUUUACUUAUCAAUGCGGAGUGUUUGUGCAUUAAGGAUGUGCUAGGGCAGCCUGCGAUUGUCACCACACACUCCAGCACCAACCUGCCCACAGUGAACACAACAACCUGCACUCCACGUCAGUAAGACCGAGGGACUGACUGUUGACUGCAGGGUGGGGAAA